AUGCCACCCCGCACCACCGCCGCCCUCUGGAACCAACUCUUUCCCGCCGCCCCACCCUCCCCACCCUCACCCCCACCCCCGCCUCUCAGCCGUCCAUUUCCGCAAUAUCCGGCACUGCCACAUGUAUCAGUAUCACCCACGCCGCCGCCGACCUCGCCGCCGGCCUGCGCAUCUACAUUCACCUCUCCAUUCACCUCUCCAACUACCUAUCCAACCACCGGCCCCACAUACACCUCUCCAUCCGGCAGCACACAUGUCAAUACAACGCCGGAACAGCAGCAGCAACAGCAACGGCAGCAACAGCAACGGCAGCAACAACAACAACAGCAGCAGCAGCGGGAAGAAACUAACAACCUCCUCCUCGAAUGCCGCUACCUCCUGCACCGGCUGACCACUACCACCGCCGCAGCCACCACUACCACCACCACAGCCGACACCACCGCCUCACAACUGCAGGAGCUCCAAGUAAUGCUAUCAGCGCAAAGCAAUGUGCUACAGUGCGUGCUCGAGGAGCAGACGCGGUUGGCGGGUGUGGUCGCUGCACUGCUCGAGAGGCCAGCGGGUGCGGGUACGGGUACGGGGGCGAGGGAGAAGGAGUCGGAGAUGAGUGCGGCCCACACGUUGCUGGAGUUUCGGGAUUCGGUGUCGCGGACGACGUCUGCCUCCUAUACCUCACAUACCGCUACAGCGGAUGCGGAGGGGUAUGUGCGGGAUGUGCAGCGGGAUGUUCAGCGGGAUGGAAGAGGGCGUAGGAGGAGGAGGCCAGUGGGAGAGGAGUUACGGACGCAAACGCAAACGCAAACGCUGGGUAAAGCUUCGACACAGGUUAGAGCGCAGCAGCAGCAGCAGCAGCAGCAUCGGAAGAUGACGAUACGCAGCCUGCUCCUUGAGACGCAGGAUGAUACGCAGGCGGCAACGCAGGCGGCAAGUCAUGUCACAGUGAGCUCGGGUGAGGAUCUGCGCAGCGCUCCUACUCCCAGGGAGACUGGGAAACAGCAGCCACGGCAGCCGCAGCAACAACAGCAACCACAGCAACCACAACGGCCGAAGAAACGUCGUCUCCUUGACACGCAAGACUCGUUAAUAGAGGCAGAGGGGGCAGAUAGACAAGACGAAGCCCUCGCACGUGCCUGGUCGCAAGUAUCCUCGACGCCCUCACUGCUGUCGCAGCCGUCCGACCCAGUCGCAGGCGGCGGUGGCGGCGGUGGCGGCGGCGGCGAGAUACAAGUUCCCGGAUCACGCGCGCACACGCAGGUAUUCAUACCACCCGGCGACACAGCCCCGAAAGUGGACGCGGAGAUACAAGUUCCCAGCUCUGGCACCGCGGGCUGUUCGCAAACGACAGGGAAAUGUCGUCCUCCGGAGGUGCAGGAAUCGCCGCUUGAACCGUCACUCGCACCGGUCAUCACGUCGCCUCCGUCACACAUUGUCACUCCGAAACCCACUACCACCACGGCAGCGAAAAUGAAGAAACGCUCCCUGCUCGAGUCCUCGGAUGAAGAAGGGGAAGGGGAGGGGGAACAAGAAGAAGGCGCUAGCCCGUUCCUGGAUAGGAGCUGGGAGGAAGCGAGAGUGAUGCCCGCCAGGGCUUGUAAGCUGUCGGUACGAGGGGGACGGAGGAGCGGGAAGCGCGGGAGGGGGUUUUACUGAUUGGCUAUGUAUGUAGCGAGGGGACUUGUCUUGGCCGGUACUUGUAUACAAAGAACGGGGGAUUCUCAUUUGAAUGGAGCGGAUUCGCGAAUCG